AUGCAUUCCCACCUACACACCCCCUACAAUGCGAACUGCGAAGAGAUCAUGACCGCUCUCGACGAAUGUCACGCUCGCGGAUUCCUUCACAAAGCCCUGGGCAAUUGCAACGAUAUAAAGCGCGACGUCAAUAAGUGCCUCGCUGCGGAGCGGUAUCAGCGCGCAAAAAAGAAUCGGGACCAGGCUCGGGAUAACCGGAAGCGGAUCGAGAAGAUCUGGGCUGAGGAAAGGGCUCUCGAGCAGGGUGUUUCGCUCAAUGGGGAGUCGAAGCAGCAAUAG